AUGUCUGUUAAGUUUCUGGACAUUGCACCCGCACUACCCGCAAGCGUAGCAUUGGUCUACGUUACCUCCUUCACAAAUGUGUGGAAUCACGUACUGCCUUCUUGGAUUAAUGCAGAAGCCAGCGAUGUCCAAAUCAACUGCAAGCCCCAAAUGCUCGACGAGGAAGCCAAAGGGCAGAAUCCUACGUCGAUACCCGAUCGGAAAAGCCCGCUAGAAGCGUCUUCUUUUCUGUUGCACAUGGGUCACCACAGUCUUACCACUACCAAAUUCUUCAGCGACGAUCAGUCCUGCUCGAUUAAUGCAUGUAUUGCAACCGCAAUCGGUGCUAUACUGCCGCAAGACUCGCCCAAGGAGUCGAAGACGUAUUCUGCGGACCAGAAGACCAGCGAGUCCAGCACUGGUGCGUCUUUGACAACAGGAGAGGAAAAAGAGCCACAGCGCCUACUGGUCCACAUGCACAUCUUUAGCGUUACGGCGCUGCUCAUCUUCCUGCUAGAUCGCCACGGACUCUCAAGUCCCACUGGAUAUCUUGCGUGGCGGCGUCUUUGGAUACCUAUCCUCCUGAUCACACUUCGGGGCGCUAUCGAAGAUUGGCGUGUGACAGGGCAAUACAGUCGGGCUUUUACAUCGCACGUACAAGCCUGGAUCCACAAGACUUAUGCGUUCAUGCCGCAAAAUGCCUAUUGGGGUAUCUAUCGCCCCCUUUCCGCGAUAGCACCCUUCCUCAUUUGUGGCGCGAUGACCAGUUUUCUGACUUCAUGUCUUGGAUUUCAAUAUCUGAUUCUAGGACUCCCGCGCACUGGCCCCUCAUUCAGGGAUGGAGGGAUGUUGGGGGCGAUUGUGUAUGUGAGCGUUGCUUGUGUGGUUCUGGUGCUGAGGGGACGGGACAUGGGACAAGGUACUGAUAUGCGUAUGUGGAGAUAUAACAUGGCUAUUCUUGCGGCUUUUGGACAGACUGUUACGGGGUUGGUGGGGUUUGCUGGGGUGUUGUUUGUAUUGAAGUGGUCAUUUUGA